GAAAGAAGAGCCGCUGAUAAACGAUGGAUCUAGUUUGUGAAAGCGAGUGAAUUUGAUGAUUACGGAGUAGCCUUUUCUGCUCGGAAGAAAUGUAUUGUUGAAUCUAAACUCAUUUAUUUGAAGUGGUUACAGUCUUAUAGCUAGGUAUACAGCUUAUGAUUUCGUUUACUUAAAUGGCAAGGGCAAAGGAAAAAACUUUAUAAUCCGAAAACAUUGACCUGUUUCGCUUGUUUGUUAUCAGUAAUAAACUAGAUAGAUUGCUGGCCAUCAGUCCUGAUAUCUAGGUGCUGGCUAAUUGAGUACUGUUGCCUUAAAAUUUCGACGGGGUUUGAGUUUUUUGGCGGAUUGUGGGCAGAUGAAUCAAUCUAGAGAAGCACGCGACGUCGACGGAGAGGAGAAGCUUGGAGAAAAAAUAAGUUUCGAAUCAAGGAGAGGAUAGUUGGUGAAAUACUGUUUAUCAUUAAGUGGGAUCCACUGUGUUUCCAGUCGGGAGAUAACGGAGAAAUAUUCAGACGGAUGACAUCGUCGCUUGUUAAGUCUGGCGACAUAUGAUGGGAAACGAGCCGAUCAUAUUGAACGUUUAUGAUAUGUACUGGAUCAAUGAGUUCACCACCUCUUUGGGCAUCGGCGUGUUUCACUCAGGAAUUGAGGUCUACGGCAGAGAGUUUGCCUACGGAGGACACCCAUACCCAUUUUCAGGGAUAUUUGAGAUAAUGCCUGGUGAGGCCACCGAACUCGGUGAAACUUUCAAAUUCAAGGAGGCCAUUGUCCUUGGAAGCACAGACUUCACAGAGGAGGAUGUGGAGCGCAUUGUGGAGGAGAUGGGCAAGGAGUACAGGGGGAACGCAUAUCACCUAAUGCACAAAAACUGCAACCACUUCUCCUCGGCCCUCUCGGAGAUCUUGUGUGGCAGGGAGAUCCCACGGUGGGUGAACCGGCUGGCCAACGUCAGCUCCUGCAUCCCGUUCCUGCAGAGCUGCCUGCCGAAGGAGUGGCUGACCCCCGCUGCUCUCCAGUCCACUGUCACCCAGGAGCUACAGGGUGACCUGGAUGAGGAAGAGGAUGCCGCCACCACAGUCUCCCCUCCCUCCUGCUCCAUGUUGCCACUUCCCAGACGCAGCCACUACCAGCCACAGCAAUAGGUCCGGCCCCUCCUGACUGACUACCCCACAGGAUUGGCCCUUGCUGCUCCACACCAACUGGGGCCACGAACAUCAGCAGUGUCGCAGCUCAUGCUUCCUUGGUGACUUACUGAUAACUGCCAGCUUUGAUAGGCCCCCUCUGUCCACUGCUUGUAGGCCCCAUCCAAAUCUCAGUCAAGUAGUAGUGACAGCAGUGACCUAUGCUCUUCUACAUUCACUAAAUCUGAUGUAUACCAGAAGAAUGAGUUUUGGAGCCAGUGGCUUGGGGAACAACCAGUGAACAUUUCUUUUUUACCGCAAAAAACCGGAACUGAUAUUUGUACCUUUUAUUUCUUUUAUAAUCACAGGAUGCUAUUGGUGACCUGGUUAUAUUCAGCGUUGCGUUCUCUUAAAGAUGUGUUUUUGUUUGUUUAUAUGUUAUCUGUGUGUCAAUUGUUUUUAAUACAGUGGCCACUCUGUAGCCUCUCAGAACUCUUUUUAAAUCUUUUUAGAAGUUGAGCUAUUUUUUUAUAACG